AUGAAGGUUUUGCUGCAGACCCCCGACCCCCUCCCCACACCUCCACCCCACAAACUCGAUCCCGAUCCCGAUCCCGAUCCCGAGGAUCCCGGGAUCGUUCGGAGGCGGCUGAAGGGCGCAUCAGGUCCAGACCCCAGCGAGCGCACAGCUUUGCUGUCUGGGGGGCCCCAGGGGGGCCCCCAGAAAGGGCCCCCAGGGGGGCCCCCCGGGCGCAGCUGCCUGCUGGAGCGGGUGCUGCUGCGGGUGCGAGUGUUUGCGCGGAUGUCGCCGCUGGGGAAGAAGUUGGUUGUGCUGCAGCUGCAGCAGCAGGGGCUGCUGACGGGAAUGGCUGGGGACAGCAGCAACGACUCUUUGGCGCUGCAGCAAGCUGACGUGGGGGUGGAAGUGGGGCAGGUGCAGCAAGCCCCCUUCUCCGCCCCCUUCGCCAUCACGCACCCCCCCCAGCUGCAGCAGCAGCAGCAGCAGCAGCAGCAGCAGCAGCAGCAGCAGCAGCAGCAGCAGCAGCAGCAGCGGGAGCAGCGGGACGGCGUGAUGGGGCUGGUGGACAUUGUGCGCGUGGGCCGCUGCAGCCUGAGCACAGCCAUGGGGAUUUAUAAGCUGCACAUCUCUUACGGGCUGCUGGCAGCAGCAGCAAGUUUGCUGCUGGUGAUGGCGCAGUUCGCGGGGCUGCCGCUGCUGCCGGGGCUCUUCUUGGACUUGGUGCUGCUGCUGGGCCUUUCUGCUGCUAUGCUUUCUUCGCAGCCCGCGGGGGGCCCCCUGGGGCCCCGCUCUCCCACUUCUUCUCCUUUUGCUGCUGGAGUUGUCCUUUCUGUCUUGACUCUUGCUGCUGUUGACUUCGCAGCUUUUUUGCUGCUGCUGUACCUCUUCUACGGGCCCGCAGCAUACCCGCUUCCCUGCGCCUGGCUCCAGCACAGCCUCCAAAACCCACACCAGCAGCAGCAGCAGCAGCAGCAGCAGCAGCAGCAGCAGCAGCAGCAGCCGGGGGGGGAGGAGCCCAGCCCGGAGCUGCGGCGGCGGAGGAAGCAGAGCCACGAGGAACAGCAGCAGCAGCAGGAACAGCAGCAACAAAACCAACAGAAGGCGGAGCCUCUCCACCGAAAAGAGCAGCAGCAAGACGCUCAGCAGCAGGGGCAACUGCAGCCACAAGAAGGCCAGCAGCAAGAAGAGCAGCAGCAGCAAGAAGAGCAGCAGCAGCAAGAAGAGCAGCAGCAGGUGCAAGAGCACCUCAGGCAAAAACACUCCCCGGCCCAGCCUGCUGCCGACCAAGAUUCCCACAGCGGACUGCACCUGCAGCAGGAGCAGCAGCAGCAGCAGCAGCAGCAGGGCGGCGGCAGCAGCGAGCAGCACUUUGCUGCUGCUGCUGCAGCACCCAAGCGCCGCCCGCGGCUGCAGGGGCUCUUCUCUCGGGGCUUUUUGGGUCCUGAUUUUGCUGCUGGUGAGGGUGAGGAGGGGGCCCUGCUGGGUGCAGCAGCGGAAGCAGCAGCAGCGGAAGCAGCAGCAGCAGCAGCAGCAGCAGAAGCAGAGAAGCUGGAGCGAGACAUCAACUCCGACCGCAUGCUGGCCUUCGCCGAAACUGAGCUGCUUCCUUUCACGGGGCCCUCGAGCAGCAGCAGCUUCUGGCCGCCCGCGGCGUUUCUGCAGGACUCAGCAGCAGCAGCAGCAGCAGCAGCAGCAGCAGCAGCAGCAGCAGAGAAGCUCGUGUGCAGCGCCGACGGGCAUGCAGAAGCAGGGUACAUCUUCAUAUGGACUGGGAUUUGUGUGCUGCAUGCAGCAGUUUUGUACAUAAGUGGAAAUGUGUUUCGAAAGUCUGCGUGGAAGAACCGGGUGCUGCUGCCGUUCUCGCUGCUGCUGCUGCUGUUCUUUUGCUGCGUCUUGCUGCUGCCCCCCAACCCCUUCUCCUGCCUCUUCAGCGUCAAGUGCACUGCAGCAGCAAACAGCAGCCUCCGCAGCAGCAGCUUUUUUCCCGUGCUGCGCUUCCUGGCUGGGGAGCCAGCAGCAAACACGCUGCACGACGCAACAGCAACGGGGCCGCAGACGCUGCAGCCAGCAGCAGCAGCAGCAGCAGCAGCAGCAGCAGCGGGGGGCAGCAGCACAGCCACGACGCCGCAGGAGGUGCCCCUGCGGGAAGCAGCAGCUUUCAUGCUGCAGCAGGAGAAGCUGUCGCCGCAUGUCUGGAGCCUCCAAGAAGCAACAGAACUAGCCAGUUGGUACAUUCCAGUUUUUGCUGCUGUUCUUGCUGCUGCUUGUCUUCUUAACACUUUCAUUCAGCUCGUUUGCCUCCACAGGGCGGCCUUCACCCGCUGGUGCAGAAGCAAAUUCUGGCGCAGCCGCCCCCAGGCCCCAGUUACCCCCUGA